AAACAGAAACCCCCCAACGUCACAAUCGCCAUGUUCGCAUCCACGUUUCGCUGGCUGCAGCGCAAGAGAUACCAAUAUGAGGUCACAUUCUCCCUAUACAUGUUGACACCGACCGAAAAAUUCAUCUUCAAUUCCUUCCUCUUCCUCUUCUUCAGCAUGAUUAUAAUCGCCAUGACGCUCUACCUCCCGCAACACAUCGCCUUCCUCACCAACCGCGCCUGGUUCUACUACAACGGCGAAGAGAGCGCGAAGCUGGCUGGUGUGGGCGUGAACUCCGUGCUUGAUAGUGCUACGAGUUCGGUGCUGGUUGAGAAGGUUAAGGAGACGGUUGCCGUGGCUGCGAAUGCUGCUGGCUCGUCGAUUAUAGGGGCCACGAAGGAGUUAUGA